ACCGAGUGACAGAAGUAAAGACAAAUGUCUAUGUGACCAGUUUUGGACCAGUCUCUGACACAGAUAUGGAAUACACAGUGGAUGUCUUCUUCCGUCAGAGCUGGUUAGACGAACGGCUGAAGUUCCACGGGCCAAUGAACACCCUUCCUCUCAACAACCUGAUGGCCAGUAAGAUUUGGACCCCUGACACCUUCUUUCAUAAUGGCAAGAAAUCUGUGGCCCACAACAUGACCAUGCCCAACAAGCUUCUGAGGAUCAUGGAGAAUGGAACGCUGCUCUAUACCAUGAGGUUAACAGUUCAGGCUGAGUGUCCCAUGCAUCUGGAGGACUUUCCCAUGGACUCACAUUCAUGUCCCCUCAAGUUUGGCAGCUAUGCCUACACGAAGACAGAGGUAACUUACAUCUGGACGAGAAAUGCCUCCCAGUCAGUAGAUGUGGCGGAUGAUGGAUCUAGGCUCAACCAGUAUGACUUGGUGGGACAGACUGUUGGGAAGGAGACCAUUAAAUCCAGCACUGGUGAAUACACAGUGAUGACCGCUCACUUCCACCUGAAGCGGAAGAUUGGAUACUUCGUAAUCCAGACGUAUCUGCCUUGCAUCAUGACGGUCAUCCUCUCUCAGGUCUCCUUCUGGCUCAACCGGGAAUCGGUGCCAGCUAGAACGGUGUUCGGCGUGACCACAGUUCUCACAAUGACAACCCUGAGUAUCAGUGCCCGUAACUCCCUGCCGAAGGUGGCCUACGCUACUGCAAUGGACUGGUUCAUCGCCGUCUGCUACGCCUUUGUCUUCUCUGCGCUCAUUGAGUUUGCCACCGUUAACUACUUCACCAAGCGAGGCUGGGCCUGGGAUGGAAAGAGUGUUGUCAACGACAAGAAAAAGGAAGCUGCUGUCAUGAAGAAAAACAACGCCUACGCUGUAGCUGUGGCGAACUACGCGCCCAACAUCACCAAAGAUUCAACGCUGCCCACGAUCUCAAAGCUCACUCUGAACGAGCCCAACAAGAUCACAGCGGAGAUGAAGCCUGAGCAGAACAAGAAAACCUUCAACAGCGUCAGCAAAAUCGACCGCAUUUCCCGUAUCAUGUUCCCUGUGUUGUUUGGUACCUUCAAUCUGGUCUACUGGGCCACCUACCUGAACAGAGAACCAGUCAUCAAAGACCUGGAUCCGUCCAAAUGAGCAGCAGAGACCCAGUACAACAACACACCCCACAUUCAGGACAAUAACAUUUAUUUAUACCUGUUUGGUGCGUUUUUUUUUUCAGGUUAUGGACAGCUCUCUUGUCUUGUUACUGGAUACAGUGUUUUAAUGGAAAUAGGUACACAUUUUUAGUUUAGAGCAAUCCGACAUUUCCUCAAAUAUUUACUUAUGUCCAUAAGUUUCAAAAUUACGUUUUUGUCUUUCUGUGUGUACAUGCGCGCUACAUCUGUUCCUAAAGGAUUAUGUCGUAACUUCGCCGCUCUCUGUAACCUGCAUGCACCUCACUCUCACAAAUACCAACAAUCUUGGCACCAUCACGCUGAGGCAAAUACCAUGCUCAUCUUCGUUUAGAUGGGGCCUUAGAUAUAUGGCGGUUUGAGUGGUUUAUAGGAGUAGGAACUCCCUGUAAAAAUACUACAAAAAUCACUGGAAAUAUCUUAUUAUUUUUAUUCAAAUACUGCCCCAAUGCAUCCAAUUGAGACAAUCAACAAACAUGACCCCUGGGUGAAUUGGUUAUACUAAAUUGCCACUUGGAGUGAGUGUGUCCAUGUGUGCCUGCUUGUUCUUUUUGUCUCCUCAGUAUAGUAACAGAUAUAACAUUUAUUUUUCUCACUUAAGACCAAAUGUUUCAUGUUUUAGAUUAGUUUGGUUUACCAGCACCGGUUCACAACAAAUCUCAUCCUGAGAUGCUUUACAAAAUAAACAGAUCCCACUAAUAUACAGAAAUACUUGGACAAUUACAUAUAUCAUAUAGACCGAUUUAAAGUUAAAUAGAAUAAUUUCAGUUUGAUCCUCGCAAAUAAACAAUAAGUCAAGUUCAGUUUAUUAGGUCAAAUGAUAAAAUGUUUUCUACAUAAGGAAACAUAGCCGAAGUUAACUUUGCAGGAAUUCCUCAUACAUAUGGGGAAAGUGGAAAGAAAAACUCCCUUCUUCCACAUUUAAUUGCUCCAUUGACAACAUUUGAUUAAAUGAAAGAACAAAUCUGGAUAUAUAAUUAAGACUAUAAAUGAAGCCCAGUGUUCUUCUGUGACAUCGUAUGAAAACCAAAAACAAA